CGGAGCUCGGUGCAGACCAUUCCCUGAAGCCACAACUGUCAGUGUCGACGCGAGGACGCAACGAGCUGAGGGGCGCGACUGAGCCGGCAGCAACGCCGAAGGUGGACGAAAUGGGGUUCCGACGGCUGUCGUCCUGCUGCUGCUGCGACCUGCAGUCGGGCGUCGUCUCCAUCGGCAUCACGCUCAUCAUACUGAACAGCAUGGGAGUGGUGCUCAUGGCGUUGACUAUGAACAGCGAGAACAUGCUCCGCGCAGAGAUCGCCGCAGACCCAUCGCUCUUCGAGAGUAGCCAGCCCACCGAUGAGGAAAUUGAAGUCAUGGUAGCCAACACCCAGGCGCUGCUCAGCAUUUUAUUGGCCGUGGGGGCCGGGAGCCUGCCGUUUGACGUGCUGCUGCUGGUGGCGGUGUGGAAGCGGCAGCACCUCUGCCUGCUGUGCUGGCUGCUCUGGUACUCCCUGAUGACGCUGCUGGGCGCCGCCUGGGCCCUCUAUUUAGUGCUGAUCUUUGCGAUCAACGGCGAACGGUCGGCCGAGGUUUGGCUUUACGUCGGGGCCCAGCUGGCCAGCAACUUUGUCGGCUGGUACUUCGUCGCCGUUGUGGCCAGCUACUACCUCUACUUACGCGAUGAGCGAAGUGGCGCUAGCGGCUUCUACAUGGAGCAGCUGCAGUCUGUGUAAUGUUACGAAAGGUCGCGAUUUGUUGCGGUAGCGUGUCUGGUUCCCGCUGCUGGGAAGCAAGGUGCUUCAAACAUGGCAUUGUUCUCCGUUUACGGAAAUUGCGUUAGCAGAAAAUGUGCGCUGGAGUCUCUGCAAGCAACUCUUGGUUAUGCUACACGGUUUGCCAGCGGCUAAACCUGCAAAUUCUGGUAUUAAACUGCUCAUAAAGCUGGCCGGUUUCGGGCGCAAGUGCCAAGCUCGAUCACGUCAGUUGACAUCGGGCAGAAAUAUUCCAGACGGCUCGAGCAUCAAUGGGGUGUGUGUUCGACGCGACUGAAUUUGAGGUUUUGUCAUGCGAACCUGAUGUUGCGCUGUGAUCGCGCGAGCUGAGAGGACAGUGGGUGCCAUGGGCUGGAUACAUAUCAGGGAGAAAUGUCUAAAUGUCCGAGAAAAUGAAAUGCAUACAUAUCUGACACUUA